AUGGAUCACUUGUCGGCGACGACGAGUGAUCGUUAUCGAACACGGUUGUUCGAUUCGUCAAGGGUCCAUCACCUUGACCCCAGCGCGAAAAACUAUCGCGCUGAGAAUGAAUUCUUCAUCGAUGCUUUCUUGAGACAUCGAUGGUACAGUGGGAAUCACAAGCGUGAUGGUCCCUCACUACUUCAGGCGUGGAACGCCUACAUCCAUAACCUUGAGGAUGUAGGUCGUGACGCUUGGAACGACAAACUUAUCAAAGCUCGUGAUAAGUUUGAAAAGCGAACCCCGACAGGUGCACGCUACAAGCUGCAUCGUCUGUCAAGGGAGAAGGGAUUACCCUGCCUCUCUUGGGGAGACUCGUGCCCAUGUUGUGUGAACAACUCUGCACGAGCACCUAAGAAGGCUUACCUCCCUAAUAGCCCGUGGUGGCGCGUACGUGUCUCUACUGAGAUGUACGAAGGGAUUGACAACCUGAAAUCCAUUUACGACCGUGCCGGGAAGACUUUCUCCGGCGGUCCUACUGCGGCACAGGAUGUGCCGCGUCGUACUGCUCAACCAGACCCAGUACGUCGAUCAUUAGUUGGGAGCGGGGCUCCCAAGAAUCCCAGGACGGGGGAUAGCCGCGCCACCGGACGAGAUAACUCGUCCGACGUCCGUUCACGUCGCGGUGGUUCAACAGCUGCUCAACUAGAUAGCGCUGGCCACCGCGAGAGUCCUCUAAUGGAGGUGGAGGAGGAGGAAAGACGCUCUCCACACGAUCAUGUGGAUCGGUGUGUUCCCGAGAGCUUCUUUGAUCGCGUAACGCAAGGGUUACGCGACGAUCUCGAACAUGAGCGGAAUAGGCGUCUCCAAAUGGCGGACACUGCCUCGAAGCAUCGAGCUGAGUUUGCCUUUGCUCAGCUUGAGAACGAGAGAUCUCUGACAUCUCUUCGUGAAGAGCUAAGGGUAGCUCGUGGGAUUGCUGAUCGGUCUCGGGAUGAGAUAGCUGCUCUUCAGACCCUUGUUGAUGCCCAUCAUCGGGAGCACAAGGCUCUCUGCGAGAUGCUUGAGCGCAAGGGCGUUCUUCAUCGGAAGAAGCAGCGUACUGAUAGUACGGCUUAA